CCGUCACUUCCGCGGCCGCCGCUCUGCUUCCGGGCGGCCUGCGGCGGGCGGGGGCGCCGCUGCCAUGUCCGCUGCGGGACGCGCUCCCGGGCCCGGCUGCGGAGCCGCCUCUCGGCUUUGAAGACUUGCCGAGGAACACACGAUCUGAAUCAUUUAAGCAUUAAAAUAGUAAUACCCAUGGAAGAGCCACAAGACUUGCCUGAACAACCAGUGAAAAAAGCCAAGAUGCAGGAAUCCAGAGAACAAAGCUUGAGUCAUGUGAGCACCGCGGAAGUCAGCGAUCAGAAACCUGAAUCUUCAAGCCUUGGUUCAAACCUUCCCAUGUCCAGUGAGAUUAUGACAUGCACUGAUUAUAUCCCAAGGUCAUCAAAUGAUUAUACCUCACAAAUGUAUUCUGCAAAACCAUAUGCACAUAUCCUUUCUGUACCUGUAUCGGAAACAAUGAGCCCUUACCCUGCUCAGACUCAGUACCAAGCACUACAGCAGUCUCAGCCCUACACCAUCUACCCCCAGACCACCCAAACCUACGGACUACCUCCUUUCGGUGCACUGUGGCCAGGUAUGAAACCUGAAAGUGGUUUAAUUCAGACUCCAUCUACAAGUCAGCACAGUGUUCUUACCUGCACUACAGGGUUAACCACAAGCCAGCCCAGCCCAGCACAUUAUUCUUAUUCCAUUGAAGCAUCAACUACCAAUGCCAGUCCAGUCUCUACAUCCUCAACUGUUGUCAAUAUUUCCACGUCAGCAGUAGCCAGCAUCUCACAGGAGUAUCCUACGUACACGAUCCUUGGCCAAAGUCAGUACCAGAUGUGUUACCCGAGUUCUGGCUUUGGUGUUGUUACACCAGCAGACAGCAACACGGACAGCACGGCAUUAGCAACAACUACGUAUCCCACCGAGAAACCAAACGCCAUGGUGCCUACACGGACAGUGCAGAGACAUUCCUCCGGAGAUGCAUCCACAAGUCCUUCAUUAUCAAGAGCAACAGCAAGUAAAGAGUUAGAUGAGCAGUCAAGAAAAAACAUCCCUGGGAAGAACAGGGGGAAGAGGAAAGCGGAUACCUCCUCCUCACAGGACAGUGAACUGGAGCGAGUGUUUCUCUGGGACCUGGAUGAGACCAUCAUAAUCUUCCAUUCACUUCUCACAGGGUCUUAUGCCCAAAAAUAUGGCAAGGAUCCAACUCUAGUGAUUGGCUCAGGUCUGUCAAUGGAAGAGAUGAUUUUUGAAGUAGCUGAUACUCACUUGUUCUUCAAUGACUUGGAGGAGUGUGACCAGGUACACAUAGAAGAUGUGGCAUCUGAUGACAAUGGCCAAGACCUAAGCAACUACAAUUUCUCCACGGAUGGCUUCAGUGGCUCAGGAAGUAACGCAAAUCACGGCUCAUCAGUGGGUGUCCAGGGUGGAGUGGACUGGAUGCGGAAACUGGCCUUCCGCUACCGCAGGGUACGAGAGAUCUACGACAAAUACAAAACUAAUGUUGGAGGCCUUCUUAGCCCGCAGAAGAGGGAAGCUCUGCAGCGACUAAGGACCGAUAUAGAAGUGCUGACCGAUUCCUGGCUGGAAACUGCAUUAAAGUCCCUGCUACUCAUACAGUCCAGAAAAAACUGUGUGAACAUCCUGAUCACAACCACCCAACUGGUGCCAGCUCUUGCCAAAGUUCUCUUGUAUGGAUUGGGCGAGGUGUUUCCCAUUGAAAAUAUUUAUAGUGCUACAAAAAUAGGUAAAGAGAGCUGUUUUGAAAGGAUCGUGUCUCGGUUUGGAAAGAAGGUGACCUAUGUGGUAAUUGGAGAUGGCCGUGACGAAGAGGUUGCAGCUAAGCAGCACAACAUGCCUUUCUGGAGGAUCACAAACCAUGCAGAUCUCGUGUCCCUUCACCAAGCCCUCGAGUUAGACUUCCUGUAAGAAGUUGGGGCAAAGGUGUGGCUGCAGCUCCUGCAAGCUCCUUCCGCCGCUGGGGAGGCAGAAAUCUCACACGUUUGGGGACUCGCUUUUCAGCUUGAUGAAGAAAACAAACCUAAUGCAAACUGUACAGUAAAACAUGACACCAGGUUAUUUCCUCAGGAGUACGGGCCCCGCCAGGUACAAAGGCAUCGUAUGAAGAAGCACUAGACUCAGUAGAGCUAGAGCUUGUCUGAAGAAGAGGCUUAGAGAAGCCAGCUGAAUUCCUCUGGCAGGUAGUCUCCAGAGGGAGGGGGUGAUACAACAGCUGAAGUAUUUGUAAGAGCCUUCUCCUUUCUAUUCAACUUAGAUGUAGAACCCAAGUAAACACAAAACCUUAUUUUUAUAGAAAAAUACUGAUGGCAGAGCUGAACCUCCCUUGUUUUGCAAAGCCAAAAAGAGCUGGUUUUUUCUAUAGGAAAUGUUAAUGAAAAUGUCAAAAAUA